GAUAUGCAGUGCAUGGGGAAUGAAGCCAGGCUGUGGCAAUGCACGCACAAUGGAUGGUUCUCCCACAACUGCGGGCACCAUGAGGAUGCCAGCGCCAUCUGCUCAGACUCGACUGGUGACAGUCCUGCUACAGAUGAAAACUUCCACUGUGGCGGUUUGCUCACAAAUAAUUCGGGCUCCUUCUCCAGCCCUUGGUAUCCUAAAAAAUACCCCACAAAUGUGGUGUGUGCCUGGGACAUACAAGUGGAUGGCAGGGCUCAUGUCAAGCUCACGUUUGAUGUGGUGAAGAUGGAAAACUUCUUUGGAUGUCCGUAUGACUUCAUUGAAAUCUUUGAUGGUCCACAGAGCGAAUCUUUUUCUCUGGGAAGAUUCUGUUCUGGUACAACCCCAGUAUUCACCUCCUCCUCAAAUCGCUUGACGGUGGUCUUCCACAGCGAUGCUAUCGUCACCAACAUGGGCUUUUUUGCAUCCUACGAGUCUCUUGUGCAAGAUGAGAACAAUACCGAUGUGGCCCUCAGGCUGGCCGGAGGCAGCCACCGGUGCGAGGGCCGCGUGGAGCUGCACUACAACGGCACCUGGGGGACCGUGUGUGACGACAGCUGGGACCCGCGUGACGCGCAGGUGGUGUGCAGGCAGCUGGCCUGCGGCAGGGCAGUGUCGGCCCCCGGCAGGGCGCAUUUCCACCAAGGCGUGGGCCCCAUUGCUCUGGACGACGUGGAGUGCGUGGGGACGGAAGCCAGGCUGUGGCAGUGCCUGCACAGCGGCUGGUUCUCCCACAACUGCGGCCACCACGAGGACGCCGGCGUCAUCUGCUCAGCCUCUCUGCCUUACUCAACACCAUCAGCUGCUGGGAGUUACCCAACUUCAGGUCUGGGUCUGCGGCUGGUGAAUGGGUCAAGCAGGUGCGAAGGCCGAGUGGAAGUCUACCACGCAGACACGUGGGGCACGGUGUGUGAUGACAGCUGGUCCAUAGAGGAUGCCCACGUGGUCUGCAGACAGCUUGGCUGUGGCCAGGCUGUGUCCGCCCUCUCUGGGGCCAGUUUCAGCCCCGGGUCAGGCAGCAUCCUCCUGGAUGACGUCAAGUGCACAGGAAAUGAGCGCAGGUCCCUUCUGGGCCAGUCAUGGAGCUGCCAGGCCAAGCCUGAAAAGGUACUUACGAUGACUAUUUUCUCUUUCACAUGUACAGUUGCUGCAACUCCUGGGGAACAGCCACAUGUUUUCCAACCAACAGAUCUGCCGGUGGUGAGGCUGGCGGCGGGGAGCAGCAGGUGCGAGGGCCGCGUGGAGAUCCUCUACAACGGCACCUGGGGGACCGUGUGCGACGACCUCUGGGACCUGCCAGCUGCACGGGUGGUGUGCCGGCAGCUGGGCUGCGGAAUGGCACUGGCGGCCCCGAGGAGCGGUCUGUUUGGUGAUGGCUCGGGCCCCAUCUUCCUGGAUGAUGUGCACUGCACGGGCGAUGAGACCAGCCUGGGGCACUGCCGCCACCGUGGCCUGUCGGUCCAUAACUGUGGUCACCACGAGGAUGCCGGAGCCAUCUGCUCAGCUGCCGAAGCUGCCCCAGAAUCAGCGGAAAUGGCUCCUGCAGUUGACCUGCCCAUCAUCAGGCUGGCGGAUGGGAGCAACCGCUGUGAAGGUCGCAUCGAGGUGUACCACAACGGCACAUGGGGGACCGUGUGUGAUGACCUCUGGAGCAUCGGCGCAGCCCGCGUUGUGUGCCGGCAGCUGGACUGCGGGGAGGGCGUCGGAGCCCUGGGGAACGGCCACUUUGGGGAAGGUGUGGGGAGCAUCCUCCUGGACGACGUGCAGUGCCGGGGCAAUGAGACCACACUAGGCCAGUGCCGGCACCUGGGUUUGUCCAUCCACAACUGUGGCCACCGUGAGGACGCCGGGGUCAUCUGCUCAGUUUCAGCAUCAGCCACAGAAAUGACCACUUCACCUGUUCCUACCUCCGUUUCAGCCACCGAUUCGGCCCUUGGAACUGGCGCAAUUUCUACUUCAGCAGAAGCGACGUCUUCACCUGGAUCUUUUCGUAUUACUGGAACCACCUUAACAGCUUCAGUCGCAGCCACCAUGACCUCCACACCAGAUACCUCUUCAACCUCAGUGGAAGUGACCUCUCCACCUGAUAUAUCCUCAGCCUCCACAGAAGUGGACCCGCCCUCUGACACAAGUCCCACUCGGGAAGAGGAGACCUCUUCACCAGCCAUACAUCUGAUUUCAACAAAAGCGACAUCAUCACCUGUUACAAUUUCAACUGGUGAAGACAUGAUCCCUUUGCCUGACCCUCCCCUGCGCCUGGCGGGCGGGCGCAGCCGCUGCGAGGGCCGGGUCGAGGUCCGCCACCAGGGCGUGUGGGGCACGGUGUGCGACGACCACUGGGACAUCAGGGACGCCCGCGUCGUGUGUCGCCUGCUGCGCUGCGGCCCCGCGCUCGCCGCCCCGGGGCGCGGCCGCUUCGGCCCGGGCUCGGGGCCCAUCCUGCUGGACGACGUGCACUGCGCAGGCACUGAGGACGCGCUGGGCCGCUGCGGCCACUCAGGCUGGACGCGCCACAACUGUCGCCACCGGGAGGACGCGGGCGUGGUCUGCGCAGUUCCAGCCAUGCCUCCUGCUGUCGGCGGACCCACUGGCAAGGGCCUGGCUGCCUCUGCUGUACCCAAAGACAACGCCUGGCUCUCCUGCUUGCCUCACCUCUUCCAAGUCACCAUUGACCGAGGUUAUCUCCGGAGGCUGGGCUACUCCUCCUGGGACAUCCACUUAAAUGAUGAGCUGUGUCGUCCCCACGUCACGGGGCGCUAUCUGAUCUUCAACAUUCCCUAUGGUCACUGUGGCACCGUCAGACAGGAAAGUCUUGGCUCCCUCAGCUACUCCAACUCCAUCAGAAGCCGAACACGGGGCCACCCUGGCCGAGUCAUCGUGCGGCACAAGGUGCCUCAGCUGAAGUUCACCUGCAGGGCGGAUGGCCCAUCUGCAGUUGACAUCAGUCCCGGGGCUGACGUCCCAAGGGAGAGCGUCGGCUAUGAUGUGUCCAUAUCCUUCCUCGCGUCGCCCAUCAGCCUGGGGCCACACUAUGCCAGCCAGAGGAAAGCGGUGUUCCUCCAGGUCACACUCCAGAGCCCCGACCCCAGCCUGAGGCUCUUUGUGGAUACCUGUGUGGCUUCUCCAGAUCCCCGUGAUUUUACGACUGUCAAGUACGAUUUGAUCCGGCACGGGUGCAUCAAAGACAAAAGCUACGUCAACCUCCACUCGCACCAGAAGAACAUGGCCCAGUUCAAGUUCAACGCCUUCAACUUUCUCAGCAGCUAUGAUGUGGUGUAUCUGCAGUGUGAGGUCGCCGUGUGCAAAGUGGGGGACCAUUCCUCCUGCUGCUCCCAGGGCUGUGCAGAGCGGAGUAAGAGGGAUGUGGGCCCCAAAGAGACCACAGAAGGGCGGACUGAGCAUUUCCAAGUGGUGGGGCCACUGGAAGUCCACAGAGGGACGGGUCAGAACAAGACCCUUGUUUGAUUUCUCCACUUUUCACAUGAUUCUGUUAUUAGAAAGCAAAGUCUAUUUCCCUUCCACAACGUAGUAAGUUUGAGAAAUCAGAAGUUGUCCACACAGCGACAGGUGAAACUGUUAAAGAAGUUCUCUCUGAAGUUUGUUGCUAAAUAAACCUCUGAUUACUAAACUUC